CAAGGAAAAUGGCGACUGUGGAAUGGAUGGAAGACGAAAGUGAGCAAUAAUUCAAUGCAACGAUUAAAGUACAUAUCGUUUGCAUUUGCACCGUUCUUCGGUAACGUUUAAAAUCUUAUCUUACAAUAUUGUCAAAUCUUGGUAUUGUUCAAACAUAUCCGUUUUUUUGUGUGGGGUUUGGUGGGGGUUUUGGUAUGGAACAGUAUGGACUGUAGUAGGCUAUUGCAAAGCAUCCAACAACAGGAUGAUUUAACAAGAAGUAAAGCACCUUUGGAGCUUUAUGGGGCUCGAGGAAGACCACAAUUAGCUCGCUAUGUUUGUGCUUUUGAAAUCAAAGGUUGCGUUUUGUUUUGUUUUUGCAUAGGUGGGCAGUGCUGCAACACAUAGCUAGAAAGUUUGUAGCUACCAUCGAAUGCAGAACUGUCUACUGCGGUUUCCACUAGCUGGCACAGCCACAAACUCAAAAUUGUCUAUAUCGUAAAAAUUCAACAAUUAGCUUUUGGUCAUAAUUUAAUAUUAGGAUUAGGCAUAAAUGUAAUUAAAAUUUAGGCAUAAGGUUAGCAGUGUGUGGUUAAGGUUAGGUUUAAAAUCAGAUUUUAAGAAGAUACAUUGUAAAAAUAGGCGGGGUUUAUGACUUUGUGGCUGUGCCAGCUAGUGACGACCGUCUGUCUACUGCUCAUCAACAGUCAUAACGUUACCCAUCGGUCUUGAGUAAGGGUUGAUCGACUAGCAUUUUAUUACAUCGAGAUCCUUGUUUUAUGUAUAUGAAAUGGCAUCUAGCAGUGUAAAAAAUUUAUGCAACGUUUUUUUUUUUUACUAGGCUAAAUAACAGCAGAUUUCUUCCCCGUUUGUGAGUGUUUACAAAUGACAAAGUGAUCUUUAACUACACAAAUUCAGCUCGAAUUACAUAAAUACAAUUGUGAUCAUAUUUUGCAGCAGCUCUCAGAAGUAAUGUUGGACUGUGCUUUUUCUGUUGUUGCUGUGAACCAAUAGCAGGCACCACUGGUGGUGGUAGAGAGUUCUUAAAGGAGCGGUACCAUAUUUGGCAAGAGUAGCCAGCUCGGAUGAUUGAUGGGCAAAGGCAACAUCUUUCUGAUGUUUUUUUCUUUCCUAGGGUUCAGGUACUGAAAUGUCUGAUCUGACCGGUAUUGAUGAAGAGGAGAAAGAUGCAGAUCCUAUGAUGGACCCCUUAGAUCUACUUCAGGAUCCAAUGAUAAAUCAGAUGCCCUUGUUUAUGGAAAUGUUGGACAGACCUCACACUUCUCCUCUGAGAGAAAAUAGCAGUGUCCUUGAUGUUCUCUCAAACACAAAUGUGUUGUCUGUGAAUGGACCAUCACACCAAGCCUUCGAAUCAGAUGAAUUCAACAGCUUGUCAACAGAAAAGGAGGAGGAAAAGAGUAUUACUCAGUUGAAGACUGUGCAGGACAUUGACACUGCAGGGAUAUGGGGUUUCGAUGUGGAAUCUUCAGAGAACUCAAUGGAUAAUUAUGAGGGUCCCCUAAGCUGGGACCCUCAGAGAGAAUUCAUGCAGUUUCUGUGGGACAACCAUGAUGAUUCUCCUGUGGAGGAGCCACCAAAGGCAGAUCCUCCCCCAAACAGGAGGAGGAAACGCAAAAUGGACAUGGUGGUCAUGGUAGAUCCCUCAGAGGAACUUUACUCUGAUUUGAGCCUCAAGUCAACAAAAGACGUAUUUGAUGAGGAGGAUCAAGAAGACCCUGUUCCCAUCAACAAGGUCCGAUCCUUAAGAAAAAGCUCAAAAAAUCAGUCACCGACAGCGAAGAAAGCCCAGUAUCCCAAUGGAACUGUAGAGGCUAUCAAGCAACUGAUUUUCAGUGCGCCAGCAAGAUAUCCACGUGAGCAAAGCGUGGCUCACAAGCUUACGCCACUGAAAGGGAAACCACAGACAGACCCUUGUUCAGAGGAGGAGCCAUUGUUUUUUCCUUGCACAAAGUGCAACAUAAAUUUCAAGGAGAAGAACCAUUUGCACCGGCACAUGAGGACUCACACAGAUCCGCCCAGUCCUAUCAACAUGCCAAAGCCUUUUAUAUGCAGGGAGUGUGGACAGUCGUUCCGCUUUCGCAACUCCCUCCUUCGGCAUAUGACCAUACACCAGGAGAGAAGAGAGAGACUCAUUGAGGAGAUCAAGGGCAUGAAUGAAUUGAAGGAUGAGGGCACAGAUGCAAGGCUACAGUGCCCCCAGUGCGCUUUUGGAACAAAUUGUCCAAAUACUUUUAUUCAACAUGCUAAGACUCAUGAGAAGGACAAGCGGUACUACGACUGUAAGAAGUGUAACUACAUGGCUGUGACAGUGUUAGAACUUGAGAGACACGUGAACAAAGAGCACAGUCUCUGUAAAAACCAGGAAGAGCUUCCAGAGAAACCCAGAGUGUUUAAGUCAAAGGAAGAUGAUGAAACGCAUCAUUCUUACUCCUGUAACCGUUGUUCUUAUGGCACCUCAAGUAAAAACGUAUUUAAAAAUCAUCUUGAGAUUCGUCAUAAUCAGACAUACGAGGAAUAUGAAGCUUUGCAGUGUAGAGAAAGAAAUGAGUAUGCACAACCACCUUCUGAGAUGCACUUUCCCAUUAGAAAAUCCCCAGUAGUAGAUUCCUUUUCUUCAGAGCUGACAUCAAAAUUAUCUGUAAAAAAACAGGCUUUCAGAAAAAUAACAGAUUCGCCUUGUGAUUCAAAUGACAUUUCUGAUCUUUUCAAAAAGGAUAAGAUUGUUCACAGAGCACAAAGGGGCUUCAAGUCUCAACCCACAGAGUCAAAACUUGACAAGUCAAUAAAUAAUCUGUUGUCUCGACAAAGACGUGACAAGCAGAGCAAUGAAAAAAUUGAUGUCACCACAGGUUUUUCUUUUGUCGAGGACAGAAACGGGGACAACAAUGAUCAUGAUUUUGGAAGAACAUUGUCAGGAAUUUCAGAAAAUCCAAAUUCUCCCUCUAAUGGCCACAAAUGUUUAUUGGCAUCUAAGUUGGAGAAUAAUAUAUUAAAUUCUGUCUGUGAUUCUGGUUUAAGCGAAGGUAUUAGUGCAGACCUCAACAGCAAACAUGUCUUUAAACUUGUCGUAGAAAAGCCCAUUAUGAAAAAGUCACCUUCCAAAAGAAAAAUGUCCACCCCUUAUCGCAAUACUGUUGACCAGGACUCUUGCUUCAUUUUACCAAAACAUUUGCAAAGUCCAAAGAUGCUAAAUAUGGUGGAGGAUAUGGAAGAGGAAGACUGUGAUGAUAAGGAGGAUGUCUUCCAGUAUAGUGACUAUUCCACAGAUGCCAACACUAAACUUCUUGAUAAAAGUGAAAUCAAGCAAGAGAAACCGUACAUUGUUAAUUCCUUUAGCAGAAGAAUGUCUGUGAGGGGAGUCCUUGGAACCUCUGAAGACAUGUUUGAGAAAGGUCAAGACGGGCAGUCGCAGCAGAAGCCAAUUGUCAAGGAAGAGUGCAUCGAAACACAGAUUUUUGGAGAGACCCUUGCGCCCAACUCGGUGCCACUAAGUGAAUCCUUUUUAGAUUCGGAAGGUGGUGGGGAGCGGAAGACCUGUCCUUACUGUACUGCAGUGUUCGAGUCAGGUGUGGGAUUAUCCAAUCACGUGAGAGGGCAUCUUCAUAGGGUUGGACUGAGUUACAAUGCACGCCAUGUGGUAUCAAGAGAGCAAGUGGCUUCUAAAGACCGGAAGCCCCGCAUCCGUCGAAAGAUGGUAGCAAUGCAACGACUGAAAAAAGGUACUAAUUUCCUUUAUCUUUCCAUCUUAUAUUAUAUUUUGUUGCAUGGAUGGUUAUGUUCUGAUCCUUCAAUAUAAUGUUCAACAGUGCUGGUCACCUUCAUGUUGUUAUACAGAUGAGCCAGCGGUCAACCAUUUGGCUUCACAGAAACCUCCUCUAAAUAGAGACGCAUAGGGUUUUUAUUAGCUACAUUUACAUUUUAGUCAUUUAGCAGACGCUCUUAUCUAGCGCGACUUACAGUUAGUGCAUUCAUCUUAAGAUAGCUAGGUUGGACAACCACAUAUCACAGUCAUAGUAAGUAGAUUUUUCCUCAAAGUAGAUAUCAGCAAAGUCAGAGCUAGUGGGGGGGAGUCAAGUGUGAGUGUUAGUUCACGAAAGGCAUUUUUUGGGGAGGGGGUGCUGUGGGAUUAUUCUCUUUUGAAGAGGUGGGGUUUCAGAUGUUUUCAGAAGAUGGGCAGGUACUCUGCUGUCCUAGCUUCAGGGGGAAGCUGGUUCCACCAUUGGUGUGCCAGGACAGAGAAGAGCUUGGACUGGGCUGAGCGGGAGCUGCCCUCCCAUAGGGGUGGGAGGGUCAAAAGACCAGAGGUGGCAGAACAGUGGUCGGUUGGGGUGUAAAUAAAGGAAACUAAAUAUUGUAUUGUAAGAAAAAAAUUACACACCUGGUUUGAUUGGAGAAGUUUACAUUAUUCAACAUAGGCAAAUUCAUCAAUAAUUUGGUAAUAAUUUGUAGGUUGUUAAUGUCAUUACAAUGUAUUCAUGAUGUGUUAAUGUAUCAUGCUAAUACGUGAAAUACCACACCUUAAAGUUAUACGUCCGUGAUCUUUCAUUACUGUAGUACUAGCUUUGCCAUGACACAUUUUGGCGUAGUCGGCGGGAUUGGGUACACUGCUAAGUACUCGAUAAAUAAUCUUUUAAAAUUUUGAAUGGGAUGGGAACUAAUUUCUUUGGCAUACAAAGAAGUUUUGACCAAUUAUUUCUGCUGUGUUGCUAUUAUUUCAGCACCCAGGUUGGGGUCCGAGGACUCUCCGGUCCGAGGGCACUCCUGUCCAUUAUGUGGGGACUCUUUUGAUAAUAAGACUGGGCUGUCCAACCAUGUUCGGGGCCAUCUGAAACGGCUCGGCAAAACCAUCGCCACUAAGUCCAAGUCCCCAAUGUUGUUGCUCCGGGAGCUGAUGCGUGACAAGAGAGAGUUCCAGAGAGCUCUGCAGAUUCUGGGCAAAAAACGGAUCCCCUCCCAUUCCAGAAUCCCCUCAAAGCAGGCCACAUCUAAUCACCUGACACCUAAACGGAAUCCCAUCCAGAACCUCUACAACAAUGCCAAAUCACUGGUGCCCAUGUAUUCUCUACCAGGGGAAACAUUGGAUAGGAAACAGGCAGAGACUAAGUUGGAGGUGAAAGGUUCACUCUCGAGUGCCUUGAUAGGAAUUCUGAAGAGGAGGAAGUGUCAGGUGGACUCAAAGUUGAGGACUUCCUCUCUAACGGCAAGAAACGCCUUGGCAGUUCCCCCCACCAGCGAGCACAGUAGAGGAGCACAAGUCAACUCAACACUCUCAAACUCUACAUCAGGUAAGACCAAGAGUCCAUUUAAAGUUAGGUAUGAAGGGAUGUUAACGAAAUACAAAAUGCUAGCAUGAAAGAUAUGAACGCCAAAUCGAGUGUCUGUAUGCGUGCAAAACCAUGGCUGAUGUGGUCAAAAGUGUGAUUGAUUUUCGUUAAAUAUUGUUUCACAGAGAAAGGUGAAUUCAACAGGAAGGUGUGUGUCCAUUGCAACGCAACCUUCCACAGCGGUGUUAGUCUGUCCAAUCACUUGCGGGCAUACGCAAAACGAAAGAGGACUGCCUUGCUGGAGGGAACAAGUAAGUGCCUUUGCGUCAUCAUCAAUGGCACAUGUUCACAAAGUAAUAUCAUUGCUCACGGCCUCACUACUGUAAAGUGAACACAAUGCUUUCUUCAAUGUCACUGCCUCACACAAACCCACUGCUUCAGUACACGCAUGGUCACCAGUCAAUACCAAACUUACCUGAGCAUGUUGUUCUGUCUUGCCCUGUUUCAGCGUAUGACUGUAAACAAAGGAGGCAGAGAUCGAGGCCUGGUUCCAAGAAGAAGACGUCCCCCACUACGCCACACGCACCAGAGGAGAUGUAUAGACUAACCUGCAGGUACUCUAUACCUCAUCUUGUUAUAUGCCACAAAGGUUGACCACAUACCACACUGUCUAUGCCGUUGGUGUAAAUUAUUGUAUUAUUCAUUUAAAUGUUUCUGCUAAUAAACACUAAGAUUUAAGUUGGGGCAAAGCUCUAUUCAAUGCAUUUGUAUUGACGCUUUCAAAUGAAUUAAGUUGACCAAAAAUAUUUGCAUUCAAAGAUAUUUAAGACCCAGGUUGUAGCUUAUACUGUCUUUGAGGGCCACGUCUGAAUGGGGGUCUUACUGUGCUUGGAUCCUCUUUGCAGAUUCUGUGACCUAGUCUUCCAGGGCCCCUUGUCGGUCCAGGAGGACUGGAUAAAGCAUCUACAAAGGCACAUUAUGAAUGCCAGUGUCCCCCACACAGGGGCAGGCAUGAGGGAGGUCACUUCAUUGCCCAGGGACCCCUCCUUCUCCACCACCACUGAAAGACAGAACCCAUCACUGAUAACUCACACUGCCUCCUAAGCCAAGGGGACCUAGUUUUAAAAAAUCACUAUUUUGGUCCUGUGCGUGUAUGUGUUUGUACAUUGGAUGUUCCUUCAGUUUUAUACAGUUAUAAUUGAAAAAUGCUUGCCACUAUUACAACACACAAUUUCAGAGGAGUAUGACUACCUAAUCUCUUAAAACACAUUACAUUUUUUGGCUAUUGUUACAUUUUAUCAACAUUUUAAAUGUCCCAUGUUAUGAAUAUGAUUCCAUGUGGGCUGACUGUUUUCUUGUGUUUAUGCAGUAAUUAGUGUGGAACCCAUUUCCAAUAGAGACAACUCUUACCUCAGAUUCCUAAAAAUUCUCUGUCCAUUUGGUCCAGUUUGGAGCACCUUUUCUCUGUAUGUUGAUAUUUACAUUUAUGCUACACAUGAAAACAAAAAUGGGACAAAUACAAUUCUCUUCUGUAUUUUAACAUGUAUUGAAAUCAUGAUCAUAUUGCUACGAUUUGUGUUUGCAGGUAGGGGGUUCUGGGUAAGAAAAUAAAUUGAUAGGAAAUCUACCUAAAGAUUAGUUGAUGACUAUCAAUAUGGGUAAGUGUGGCUUGCAAGUUAAUCACAGAACAAAAGGUUCAAAACAUGGAUGCCAGUUUGGGGUGGUGGGUUUCACAUGCUGCAGUUAUCUGCAUAUUAACUGAAACACCUAAAUGAAUAGGGUUUAUCAGUCAGUCUGUUCAAUGAUGCAGUCACAGUGCUUAUUGUAGCUGCCUUUCAUGAAUAACUGUUGCCUAUAUUUAAUGUUUUUUAACUGUUUCAAAAAAAAUUGCUGUUUGUCUUUUUAAAUAAUUUAUGUUUAAAUGUAUAUCAUACAGAUAUGAUGCAGAAACCAUUUUUGUGAUGUUCUAAAAAAUAAAAAACGUACUGUUUAGUCAACUG